AUGUGGCGCUUGUACCUGGACGCACAACAACAAAGAGGGUUCCGGCUCAGAUUGUAUCAGAGUCAGACCAUCGUCAGACCAUCAUCAGACCAUCAUCAGACCAUCAUCAGACCAUCAUCAGACCAUCAUCAGACCAUCAUCAGACCAUCAUCAGACCAUCAUCAGACCAUCAUCAGACCAUCGUCAGACCAUCAUCAGACCAUCAUCAGACCAUCAUCAGACCAUCAUCAGACCAUCAUCAGACCAUCAUCAGACCAUCAUCAGACCAUCGUCAAACCAUCAUCAGACCAUCAUCAGACCAUCAUCAGACCAUCAUCAGACCAUCAUCAGACCAUCGUCAAACCAUCAUCAGACCAUCAUCAGACCAUCAUCAGACCAUCGUCAGACCAUCAUCAGACCAUCAUCAGACCAUCGUCAGACCAUCAUCAGACCAUCAUCAGACCAUCAUCAGACCAUCAUCAGACCAUCAUCAGACCAUCAUCAGACCAUCGUCAAACCAUCAUCAGACCAUCAUCAGACCAUCGUCAGACCAUCAUCAGACCAUCAUCAGACCAUCAUCAGACCAUCAUCAGACCAUCAUCAGACCAUCAUCAGACCAUCGUCAAACCAUCAUCAGACCAUCAUCAGACCAUCAUCAGACCAUCGUCAGACCAUCAUCAGACCAUCAUCAGACCAUCAUCAGACCAUCAUCAGACCAUCAUCAGACCAUCAUCAGACCAUCAUCAGACCAUCAUCAGACCAUCAUCAGACCAUCGUCAGACCAUCAUCAGACCUUCAUCAGACCAUCAUCAGACCAUCAUCAGACCAUCAUCAGACCAUCAUCAGACCAUCAUCAGACCAUCAUCAGACCAUCAUCAGACCAUCAUCAGACCAUCAUCAGACCAUCGUCAGACCAUCAUCAGACCUUCAUCAGACCAUCAUCAGACCAUCAUCAGACCAUCAUCAGACCAUCAUCAGACCAUCAUCAGACCAUCAUCAGACCAUCGAUCUCAGACCAUCAUCAGACCAUCAUCAGACCAUCAUCAGACCAUCAUCAGACCAUCAUCAGACCAUCAUCAGACCAUCAUCAGACCAUCAUCAGACCUUCAUCAGACCAUCGUCAGACCAUCAUCAGACCAUCGUCAGACCAUCAUCAGACCUUCAUCAGACCAUCAUCAGACCAUCAUCAGACCUUCAUCAGAUCAUCAUCAGACCAUCAUCAGACCAUCAUCAGACCUUCAUCAGACCAUCGUCAGACCAUCAUCAGACCAUCGUCAGACCAUCAUCAGACCUUCAUCAGACCAUCAUCAGACCAUCAUCAGACCUUCAUCAGAUCAUCAUCAGACCAUCAUCAGACCAUCGUCAGACCAUCAUCAGACCAUCAUCAGACUAUCAUCAGACCAUCGUCAGACCAUCAUCAGACCAUCAUCAGACCAUCAUCAGACCAUCGUCAAACCAUCAUCAGACCAUCAUCAGACCAUCAUCAGACCAUCGUCAGACCAUCGUCAGACCAUCGUCAGACCAUCAUCAGACCAUCAUCAGACCAUCAUCAGACCAUCAUCAGACCAUCAUCAGACCAUCAUCAGACCAUCAUCAGACCAUCGUCAGACCAUCAUCAGACCAUCAUCAGACCAUCAUCAGACCAUCAUCAGACCAUCGUCAGACCAUCAUCAGACCAUCAUCAGACCAUCAUCAGACCUUCAUCAGACCAUCAUCAGACCAUCAUCAGACCUUCAUCAGAUCAUCAUCAGACCAUCAUCAGACCAUCGUCAGACCAUCAUCAGACCAUCAUCAGACCAUCAUCAGACCAUCGUCAGACCAUCAUCAGACCAUCAUCAGACCAUCGUCAAACCAUCAUCAGACCAUCAUCAGACCAUGGUCAAACCAUCAUCAGACCAUCGUCAGACCAUCGUCAGACCAUCAUCAGACCAUCAUCAGACCAUCAUCAGACCAUCAUCAGACCAUCAUCAGACCAUCAUCAGACCAUCAUCAGACCAUCAUCAGACCAUCGUCAGACCAUCAUCAGACCAUCAUCAGACCAUCAUCAGACCAUCAUCAGACCAUCGUCAGACCAUCAUCAGACCAUCAUCAGACCAUCAUCAGACCAUCAUCAGACCAUCAUCAGCCCAUCAUCAGACAUUCAUCAGACCAUCAUCAGACCAUCAUCAGACCUUCAUCAGAUCAUCAUCAGACCAUCAUCAGACCAUCGUCAGACCAUCAUCAGACCAUCAUCAGACCAUCAUCAGACCAUCGUCAGACCAUCAUCAGACCAUCAUCAGACCAUCAUCAGACCAUCGUCAAACCAUCAUCAGACCAUCAUCAGACCAUGGUCAAACCAUCAUCAGACCAUCGUCAGACCAUCGUCAGACCAUCAUCAGACCAUCAUCAGACCAUCAUCAGACCUUCAUCAGAUCAUCAUCAGACCUUCAUCAGACCAUCAUCAGAACAUCAUCAGACCAUCAUCAGACCAUCAUCAGACCAUCAUCAGACCUUCAUCAGACCAUCAUCAGACCUUCAUCAGAUCAUCAUCAGACCAUCAUCAGACCUUCAUCAGAUCAUCAUCAGACCAUCAUCAGACCUUCAUCAGAUCAUCAUCAGACCUUCAUCAGACCAUCAUCAGACCAUCAUCAGACCUUCAUCAGACCUUCAUCAGACCAUCAUCAGACCUUCAUCAGACCAUCAUCAGACCUUCAUCAGACCAUCAUCACACCAUCAUCAGACCUUCAUCAGACCUUCAUCAGACCUUCAUCAGACCUUCAUCAGACCAUCAUCAGACCUUCAUCAGACCAUCAUCAGACCAUCAUCAGACCUUCAUCAGACCUCAUCGCUCAUCAGACCAUAGAAUCAGACCUUAUCAGACGAUUCAUCAGACCUUCAUCAGACCAUUCAUCAGACCUUCCAUCAGACCAUCAUCAGACCAACAUCAUCAGACCUUCAUCAGAUCAUCAUCAGACCAUCAUCAGACCUUCAUCAGAUCAUCAUCAGACCUUCAUCAGACCAUCAUCAGACCAUCAUCAGACCUUCAUCAGACCUUCAUCAGACCAUCAUCAGACCAUCAUCAGACCAUCAUCAGACCAUCAUCAGACCUUCAUCAGACCUUCAUCAGAUCAUCAUCAGACCUUCAUCAGACCAUCAUCAGACCAUCAUCAGACCUUCAUCAGACCUUCAUCAGACCAUCAUCAGACCAUCGUCAGACCUUCGUCAGACCAUCAUCAGACCUUCAUCAGACCAUCAUCAGACCAUCAUCAGACCUUCAUCAGACAAUCGUCAGACCAUCGUCAGACCAUCGUCAGACCAUCAUCAGACCAUCGUCAGACCUUCGUCAGACCAUCGUCAGACCAUCGUCAGACCAUCGUCAGACCAUCAUCAGACCUUCAUCAGACCUUUGUCAGACCAUCGUCAGACCUUCAUCAGACCAUCGUCAGACCAUCAUCAGACCAUCGUCAGACCAUCGUCAGACCAUCGUCAGACCAUCAUAAUACCAUCAUCAGACCUUCAUCAGACCAUCAUCAGACCAUCAUCAGACCAUCAUCAGACCAUCAUCAGACCUUCAUCAGACCAUCGUCAGACCAUCAUCAGACCAUCAUCAGACCUUCAUCAGACCAUCAUCAGACCAUCGUCAAACCAUCAUCAGACCAUCAUCAGACCAUCAUCAGACCUUCAUCAGACCAUCAUCAGACCAUCAUCAGACCUUCAUCAGACCAUCAUCAGACCUUCAUCAGACCAUCGUCAGACCAUCAUCAGACCAUCAUCAGACCUUCAUCAGACCAUCAUCAGACCUUCAUCAGACCAUCGUCAGACCAUCAUCAGACCAUCAUCAGACCUUCAUCAGACCAUCAUCAGACCUUUAUCAGACCAUCGUCAGACCAUCAUCAGACCAUCAUCAGACCUUCAUCAGACCAUCAUCAGACCAUCGUCAGACGAUCAUCAGACCUUCAUCAGACCUUCAUCAGACCAUCAUCAGACCUUCAUCAGACCUUCAUCAGACCAUCAUCAGACCAUCGUCAGACCUUCGUCAGACCAUCGUCAGACCAUCAUCAGACCAUCAUCAGACCAUCAUCAGACCAUCAUCAGACCUUCAUCAGACCUUCAUCAGACCAUCAUCAGACCAUCAUCAGACCUUCAUCAGACCAUCAUCAGACCAUCGUCAGACCAUCAUCAGACCUUCAUCAGACCAUCAUCAGACCAUCGUCAGACCAUCGUCAGACCAUCGUCAGACCAUCAUCAGACCAUCGUCAGACCAUCAUCAGACCAUCAUCAGACCAUCAUCAGACCUUCAUCAGACCUUCAUCAGACCAUCAUCAGACCAUCAUCAGACCUUCAUCAGACCAUCAUCAGACCAUCGUCAGACCAUCAUCAGACCAUCAUCAGACCUUCAUCAGACCAUCAUCAGACCAUCGUCAGACCAUCGUCAGACCAUCGUCAGACCAUCGUCAGACCAUCGUCAGACCAUCAUCAGACCAUCGUCUGACCAUCGUCAGACCAUCAUCAGACCUUCAUCAGACCAUCGUCAGACCAUCGUCAGACCAUCAUCAGACCAUCAUCAGACCAUCGUCAGACCAUCGUCAGACCAUCGUCAGACCAUCGUCAGACCAUCGUCAGACCAUCAUCAGACCAUCAUCAGACCAUCGUCAGACCAUCAUCAGACCAUCAUCAGACCUUCAUAAGACCAUCAUCAGACCAUCAUCAGACCAUCGUCAGACCAUCGUCAGACCAUCAUCAGACCAUCAUCAGACCAUCGUCAGACCAUCGUCAGACCAUCAUCAGACCAUCAUCAGACCAUCAUCAGACCAUCAUCAGACCUUCAUCAGACCAUCAUCAGACCUUCAUCAGACCAACGUCAGACCAUCAUCAGACCAUCAUCAGACCAUCAUCAGACCAUCGUCAGACCAUCGUCAGACCAUCACCAUCGUCAGACCAUCGUCAGAUCAUCAUCAGACCAUCAUCAGACCUUCAUCAGACCAUCAUCAGACUUUCAUCAGACCAUCAUCAGACCUUCAUCAGACCAUCAUCAGACCUUCAUCAGACCUUCAUCAGACCAUCAUCAGACCAUCGUCAGACCUUCGUCAGACCAUCAUCAGACCUUCAUCAGACCUUCAUCAGACCAUCAUCAGACCAUCAUCAGACCAUCGUCAGACCAUCAUCAGACCAUCAUCAGACCAUCCUCAGACCAUCAUCAGACCAUCGUCAGACCAUCGUCAGACCAUCAUCAGACCUUCAUCAGACCUUCAUCAGACCAUCGUCAGACCAUCAUCAGACCAUCAUCAGACCUUCAUCAGACCAUCAUCAGACCAUCAUCAGACUUUCAUCAGACCAUCAUCAGACCUUCAUCAGACCAUCAUCAGACCUUCAUCAGACCUUCAUCAGACCAUCAUCAGACCAUCGUCAGACCUUCGUCAGACCAUCAUCAGACCUUCAUCAGACCUUCAUCAGACCAUCGUCAGACCAUCAUCAGACCACCAGACCUUCAUCAGACCAUCAUCAGACCAUCAUCAACCAUCAGAUCAGACUUCAUCAGACCAUCAGAUCAGACCAUCAUCAGACCAUGACCAUCAUCAGACCAUCAUCACGUCAGACCAUCAGUCAGACCAUCGUCAGACCUCCAUCGUACACAUCAACCAUCAGACCAUCGUCAGACAUCAGCCAUCUCACCUUCAUCAGACCAUCAUCAGACCAUCUCAUAAUCAGACCAUCAUCAGCCAUCAUCAGAUCCAUCAUCAGAUCAUCAGACCAUCAUCAUCAGCAUCAUCAGACCUUCAUCAGACCAUCAUCGACCAUCAUCAGACCAUCUCACCAUCGCAGACCACAUCAACUUCCACAUCAUCAGACCAUCAUCAGACCACAUCAGACAUCAUCAGACCUUCAUCAGAACUUCAUCAGACCUUCAUCAGACCAUCAUCAGACCAUCGUCAGACCUUCGUCAGACCAUCAUCAGACCUUCAUCAGACCUUCAUCAGACCAUCAUCAGACCAUCAUCAGACCAUCGUCAGACCAUCAUCAGACCAUCAUCAGACCAUCAUCAGACCAUCGUCAGACCAUCAUCAGACCAUCAUCAGACCUUCAUCAGACCAUCAUCAGACCAUCAUCAGACCAUCAUCAGACCAUCAUCAGACCUUCAUCAGAACUUCAUCAGACCUUCAUCAGACCAUCAUCAGACCAUCGUCAGACCUUCGUCAGACCAUCAUCAGACCUUCAUCAGACCUUCAUCAGACCAUCAUCAGACCAUCAUCAGACCAUCGUCAGACCAUCAUCAGACCAUCAUCAGACCUUCAUCAGAACUUCAUCAGACCUUCAUCAGACCAUCAUCAGACCAUCGUCAGACCUUCGUCAGACCAUCAUCAGACCUUCAUCAGACCUUCAUCAGACCAUCAUCAGACCAUCAUCAGACCAUCGUCAGACCAUCAUCAGACCAUCAUCAGACCAUCGUCAGACCAUCGUCAGACCAUCAUCAGACCUUCAUCAGACCUUCAUCAGACCAUCAUCAGACCAUCAUCAGACCUUCAUCAGACCAUCAUCAGACUUUCAUCAGACCAUCAUCAGACCUUCAUCAGACCAUCAUCAGACCUUCAUCAGACCUUCAUCAGACCAUCAUCAGACCAUCGUCAGACCUUCGUCAGACCAUCAUCAGACCUUCAUCAGACCAUCAUCAGACCUUCAUCAGACCAUCAUCAGACCUUCAUCAGACCAUCAUCAGACCAUCAUCAGACCAUCCUCAGACCAUCAUCAGACCAUCGUCAGACCAUCAUCAGACCAUCGUCAGACCAUCGUCAGACCAUCAUCAGACCUUCAUCAGACCUUCAUCAGACCAUCAUCAGACCAUCAUCAGACCUUCAUCAGACCAUCAUCAGACUUUCAUCAGACCAUCAUCAGACCUUCAUCAGACCAUCAUCAGACCUUCAUCAGACCUUCAUCAGACCAUCAUCAGACCAUCGUCAGACCUUCGUCAGACCAUCAUCAGACCUUCAUCAGACCAUCAUCAGACUUUCAUCAGACCAUCAUCAGACCUUCAUCAGACCAUCAUCAGACCAUCAUCAGACCAUCCUCAGACCAUCAUCAGACCAUCGUCAGACCAUCAUCAGACCAUCGUCAGACCAUCGUCAGACCAUCAUCAGACCUUCAUCAGACCUUCAUCAGACCAUCGUCAGACCAUCAUCAGACCAUCAUCAGACCUUCAUCAGACCAUCAUCAGACUUUCAUCAGACCAUCAUCAGACCAUCAUCAGACCUUCAUCAGACCUUCAUCAGACCUUCAUCAGACCAUCAUCAGACCAUCAUCAGACCAUCGUCAGACCUUCGUCAGACCUUCGUCAGACCAUCAUCAGACCUUCGUCAGACCAUCAUCAGACCAUCAUCAGACCAUCAUCAGACCAUCGUCAGACCAUCAUCAGACCAUCGUCAGACCAUCGUCAGACCAUCGUCAGACCAUCGUCAGGCUAUCGUCAGACCAUCGUCAGACCUUCAUCAGACCUUCAUCAGACCAUCAUCAGACCUUCAUCAGAACUUCAUCAGACCUUCAUCAGACCUUCAUCAGACCUUCAUCAGACCAUCAUCAGACCAUCAUCAGACCAUCAUCAGACCAUCGUCAGACCUUCAUCAGACCUUCAUCAGACCAUCAUCAGACCAUCGUCAGACCAUCGUCAGACCAUCAUCAGACCAUCAUCAGACCAUCAUCAGACCAUCAUCAGACCAUCAUCAGACCUUCAUCAGACCAUCGUCAGACCAUCAUCAGACCAUCAUCAGACCAUCAUCAGACCAUUAUCAGACCUUCAUCAGACCAUCAUCAGACCUUCAUCAGACCUUCAUCAGACCAUCGUCAGACCAUCAUCAGACCAUCAUCAGACCAUCAUCAGACCUUCAUCAGACCAUCAUCAGACCUUCAUCAGACCAUCGUCAGACCAUUACAUGUCCGUCCUCGCGGCGCUCCUCACUCGUCGAUCCACCUGUGGGGUCUUUCCUGCAGAUUCUGGAAUUCCAGGGCAGCUGUCAGUACCGAGGCCUUUCUGCACAAACCAACAAGAGGAAAUGUGUCGGCGGCGCGCUCGCGUCGGACUCAGGCUUUGAUGAAGAAGAAACCGUGAAACGACAGACGCCUCGAGCAGCGGCUGCGACGGCCGGACUCGGCGCCACAGGUGAGAGCGGCGAGGAGAGGAUGACACGGUCUGAUGGCACCGCAGGGACCAGACCAGGUGAGGAUCCAGACCAGGGCGCUGGGGCCGGAGCACGGGGCCCCCAUCUGUCCCUCAUCUCAGACGUGAGGCGUGUCACGGGGGACGGCGGUGAGAGACAGGCCGCCACCCGACUCUGA